AACAGCGAGUGUGUCAAAUACAGAACAAGCAGCAUUUUAUACAGAUAUAUUACUGUUAGCAAGACGUGAGGACAAGUAACGUUCACUGACCUACCUGAAACACUAGACAGCCCUUACCUGUAGCUAACGCCGAGAUGUCUACGUCAUCUGUGUCCAAGGGCUGCUUUGUUUUCAAGCCUAGUGCUAAGAAGAAAAAGAGCCUCAGUUUGGAGGAUCAUUUCAUCAGUGGCUGUGAAGGGGCUGAGAACAGUGAAGAGAGAUUUAAACUUUGUCAGGAGCUGUGGGACAAAAUCAAGACAGACACAGAGGUUUUACAGGAUGAGCUCAACAGGAACAUUUUGGACAGUUUGCUGGACUUCACAAGGAAAUGCUCGACCACUCGCCAACACAGUGACUGGGCGUCUCAGAUGAGGGCCAGUGAGAUUCCCACAGCGGCUCUGGUGCUCGGUGUGAACGUCCCAGAUCACGACAUGACCUUCCAGAGUCUGUCGGAGCUGCUCCAGCAGUCAGUCAGUCCUCAUGUGGCCUCUGUACAGGCCAAAGAGUGUGGAGCAUUGAAGCAUUUGAUGAAGAAGGUCCUGGAGAAGUUUACAGGCUCAGUUGUGACUGUGGAUGAAGAUGAAGAAGAGGAGAGCAGUGGUCAGCUCCACAGGAGCGUGCACUGCUCCCUCAGUACACUCUGUGAUUGGUACAAUGCAAAGACAAGGAAAUCAUCUACUGGUACUCCUGGAAAAAAGCGUAGCUCUCCAGUCAGAGAUGACCCUCAGCAGCCUCCCAUUGUCAUCAUUUUCAAAGACUUCGAGGCUUUCAACCCAAGAGUUCUUCAGGACUUCAUUCUCAUCUGCAGCCGGUACAUUGAACGCCUCCCGCUGAUGUUCAUCUUUGGUAUCGCCACAUCACCCAGCACCAUCCAACACAUGCUGCCCCACUCCGUGUCCUCCCUGCUGUGUAUCGAGCUCUUCCAGUCCCUCUCCUGUACACAGCACCUGGCCACAGUCAUAGACAAGUUGAUCCUGACUCCUAAGUUCCCUUUUAAGCUCAACGGUAAAGUGAUGCAGGUGCUGAUCAGCAUCUUCCUCUACCACGACUUCUCAGUGAGAAACUUCAUCAAGGGCAUCCAGCUGGCCCUACUGGAGCACUUUCACUCCCAGCCUCUCAGUGUCCUGUGCUGUAAGAAGGAGGAGGCUCUGCUUAAUGUGGUGCAGCUCGGCCACCAGGACUUGGAGAGGAUCAGGAACUUGCCGUCAUUCAAGAGGUAUGUAGAGAAGCAGGAAGCUCAGGAACAAGUGAAUCUGGUCACAGAUGACACUCACCUAAAGGAGGUGUGCCAAAAGCUGAUAAAAGACCUCCGCAAAUACCACAAGAAUUAUUAUCCCACCCUGAGGUGCCUCCACACUCUGACCUCAGCGUUACCUCGGUACCCCCUCGGAAAACAGAUCAGAGAGCUCCAUUUAAUAUGUCUGGAGAAGAACGUGUGGGAGAAUGAGGAUUACGAGUCGGCCAUGAAGCUUCUGAAGAUGCUGGCUAAAGAUGAGCUGAUCAGUUUGCUCCAGAGGUGUGCAGAUAUUCUGCAGCCUGCCAAGUCAAAGAAGCUGAAGAGCGCUUGUGUCCAGCUGGAAGACAUGCUCGCCAAAUUUAAGCAGCUGGACACUGCUGAACCCGCCCCCAGUGUGGACGACACGCUCACCUCUCCAGUGAAAGAUCUUCAAAAGAAAACCGACCUGUUCCAGCUGAAGAAGGCACUGCUGGAGAUGAACGAGUCCAGGAGAGCCAAGAAACUGAGUCCGUUCGAGGCUCUGCGGAAAGAAGCUCUUGACUUUUUCGACGGCUUAGUGAAGAGUCACCUGUCCCCCCCAGAGUCUCAGACACUGUAUGAAGUUUGCUACUACACUUCUUCUGCCGCCGUGAGACGCCACCUCAACGCAACACCUCGCACCUCCAUCCAGGCAGCACUCAACUGUCCCUACUAUUACCUUCAGAAUGAGCGUCUAAAGACUGAAGAUGGGUCUGUGUCUAAUGCUGCUCCUGAUAUCUGCAUCGCAUACAAACUCCAUCUGGAGUGUGGCCGGCUGAUUAACCUCUACGACUGGCUGGAAGCCUACUCCACCGUGGUCUCUGCUGCCGAGGGCAACGAUCCAGAGUCUGACAACUUUGGGAAAGUGGAUGAUGUCAAACAUGCUCGUUUCAUCCGGGCCGUGUCCGAGAUGGAGUUUCUGGGCUUCAUCAAGUCCACCAAGCAGAAGACUGACCACGUGGCUCGUCUCACCUGGGGAGGCUGCUGAUCCGGCACCAAAAAAAAGAAACCAGGCACUUCUUUCUCUCUCUGGAGCUGUAGUCUCCUUUAUUAAAUUUGUCAUGAAUUUAUAUUUUGUAAUGUAUUUUCCCCUCAAAUAAAAUAUGCGAGA